UAAGUCAUGUAAAAACUUCCUUCCGAGUUUGUGACAAAAGUCAUAUGUAUCUAUUAUUAUCUACUUUCCAUCAUCAAUCAAUCACCUGGGCGGGAGCGGCGGCGAGUGGGCGCGGGGCGGUCGGUGGGCGGCGCGUACCUGUGCGCGCGCUGCUCACCCCGCGCUGCCAACGCCAGUCUGCGCGCGCGCCUCACUGUGCGACAUCGGCUGUCGCACGGCCGUGAUUUAACGCGCCAUUAUGCCUCUGUUUUCGGAACACAUCGCGAAUAUGUAUUACGGUUCAUCAUCCCCUUAUACUGGAUUACCCUACAGUUAUAGCAGCAGUUCAGUUUCCCCCUUGGGAUCGUCUUACAGUGCUUCAUAUCUUAAUCCUGGAAGUAAUUACAGCAACCAUUCGUCUCUCGGUGGAUACUCUCGUGCACCAUUGUCAUCAAGAUGGAUUACCAGUUCAGGAAGAAACUACUCUCCUAUGCUCACAACUAUUACCGAAAGAGGAUCGGCUAGUCCUGUAAGGAUACAUAGCCCGAGAAGAAUACCAAUUUCAUCUAGAACGUACGGUACUCCCAACUAUACCCCGCGUCCCAUAAAUAUAAACACUGCCGAUAUCGAUGUUUCCAGAGAUAAAUACCGACAUAAAGUGGAAUCUACAAAAGAUCCUACACCUCCUAAGUCUGAGCCACAACAAGUAAAAGAGGAUUCACAUAUUGACAAUGAAAGUAGUCCGUUUAUGCCUAGGAUCGAUGGUAAACCAGAAACCGGAAUUGAUUCUUCACCAGGCAUUGAAAGGAGUACAAUUAAACGAGGAAGAACAGUGGUGAGACUUUAUACAAUUAAAAGAAAUUCUCCUCGUAAGCCUAAUGAGGAAGCAGAAGCUACAGAGGUCAAACCUGAUCAAGGUGCUGAACAAGAAGCCAAAGAAGAAACCACAACGGACGAAAAAGAUUUUAUGAAAUGGAGAGAAAAGCUUUCUGAUGACUUGGCCUACAAAGAUAAGAAAGAGAAAAAAACCUUGGGUGCCAAGCUUGUAGAAAAAUUUCAAGUGAAAGAUGAAAAAGACUCGGAAAUACCAAGGAAGUUGCAAAAGAAAGACAACUCACAAAGUUUACCCUCCACCACAGUACCCAAAACAACUUCAGUUGAAAAUGCUAGUUUAGAUCGAAGAUGUUCUAUGGAACUUUUGGCAGAACAAGCUAAUUUAUUAGAUUCGUUAAUUAGAAGUGAAAAUCUUAGUACUGCUACUUUGGAUUUGAGUAAAGUUGGUGUGACGGAAACAAAAAAUAAAGUCGAUAUUCUUGAAUCCAACAAACGACGAAGAACAGAUAACUUGCAGAACUCGCUCAAGACUACAAAAUCUGACCAUUCACUACAUAAUACUCUAAAUUCAUUUAAAGAUGUAAGAGAUUCUAAAAAUUUUCCAAAAAGACGGAGCAUUAAAAAGUCAUCUUCUAGCAGUAGUAUACGUAGAUUAGAUUCUAUAACUGAAUUUCCAAAAGAACAAACAAACAUAGACUUGCCUGCUAUUGAUGAAAGUAAAUUAUCAAUGAAAAAAGAAAGUGCAAAACCGAAACCUAAACCUAAGUUAAAAACAAAAAUUACAUCAUCUGUAGAAGUAAUUGAAUCUCCAAUGAGUCCGCUGAAAUUUAGAGUUGAAAAUGUGACAGUAGAAGAAAAACCACGAACACCAAAAAAGGAAAUCGUAUACAGCAGUGAAGUAGAAAUAAUACCUCAGACGUCAGAGACAAAUAAUAAUUUAACAGAUGUAAGUAAAGACAAAAGUAACAUAAAGAAUGUACUUGAAUCACCUGAGCCAGAUGAUGGCAAUUUUUGGAAUAAAAUAGGAAAAAGAGAAACUGUUUACUUAGCAAAAAGAAAACAAAACUUAACUGAAGCUAAAGAAAAACACUUAAGGUCCUUAUUUUGGUUCCCAGAAGAAGAAGAAAGUGAAGGGAAUGAAGACACCAAUGUUAAUAAUUUAAGUGAAACAGUUACAACUCCCAAUAGCAACUUACCCUUAAUUGACGUAAAUACAAAGGAAAAGGCAACCGAACAAAUUUCAAAGCCAUCAAUGCCAUUACCAAACAAAAAUGAGGAAAAUAUAAAAAAUAAAUUAGAUGUUGAAUCUAAUAAAGGUCUUUCCGACCAACUUAAAGAUGAACAGAAAAAACCAAACUUAAAAACGAAUGCAGAUUUGGAAAUGCAAAGCAAAUAUGAUUCCUUCAAUAAUAAUGUAAUUAAAGAAGAAAUUAUAGUAUCAACCAAUUCGGAUUUGAAAGAAGUGAAAGAAGAAAGUUCUAAGCCAGUACAAGAAUCUACUGUAGAAAAUAAUGAAAUAUUGUUGGAUAAUUUCAAACUACUCCAUGAACCUACGAUAGAGAGUAACGAAACACCAACCAAGAAAGAAUCAUCUGUUAAAAAUAUUGGAAAGAGUGCGUCACUGGAUGCCAUUGAUGAAAGCAAAAUAAAGAAACCUAGUGAAAAGAAAACAAAAUCUGAAAAAUCUAAAAAGUUACCUAAAAAGGAUACCAAAAAUGAGCUGAAAUCCCUUCAGACUGUUUUACCAAAACCACAGAACACAAAAACUGAUGUAAAAAUGCUCAAUCAGUCAGAAGAUGCCAAUUUAAAAAAUAAAACAGACACAGUACUAAACACGAUUAUUCAAACAGAAACUGCGCAAAAAUCAGUGAAUGACGAAAUCAACAUUGAAAUUAAAUCAGUCCAAUUGCCUGUGAAUGAGUCUGUAGAUCCAAAACCAAUAGAAAUAAAAAUGCAUACAAAUAUUACUCCACCAGUCGUAAUAGAAAAGGUAGAAACCAAAGUCGUGGAACCAAAUACUAAUAAAGCAGAGUUAAAAGUAAAUACAGAAAAAAUAUCAGAAUCUGUGAGUAAGACAGCAUCUGAAAACACUUCUCAGAUAGUGGACCUUAAAACUCCAGAUAUUAAGAUUAACGUAAAAGUUACCCAAGAAAGUUCAUCCAAGGUAGCAGACACUGUAUCAAAAGAUCAGAUUUCUAAUAAAUUAACAGACGGUAAUAAAACUAAAAAUAAAGAACCAUCAACAAGUAAGGUUCCUUGCACAUGCGCGUGUACGUGUUCGAAAAAUGCGGAAAAGGAAACUGAAAUUCCAAGUUCAAACAAAAACUUGAGAGCUCCUGCUAAGAGAUCUCCAGAAGCUAAGUCACAAGAAAUUAAGCCAAUAAAAAGUGAUGUACCUAAGAGUGAUAAGACUGAUGACAAACUGUCGGAAGUAAAUACCACGCCUCCGGUAAAUGAAGAAGCAUUGACCUUAUCAAGUAGUGAUGCGUCACUUACACCAGCUAACGUUCCUGAUACACCAAUAGUGUUAGAAUCACAAGACAUUCCAAAAGAAAAGAUUGAAGUGACAGUACAAACAGAACAAAAGACAGGAGAGGAAAAUAAGGCUGACAUUACAAAAAAAGACGAACAAGCAGAAACUUCCACGCAAGGUGUGGCUACUUUACCCGUUAUGCCAAAGAGGCCAGUGAAAGAAGAAAAAGCGUUAAGACCUUUAAUAGCAACUCCGCGUCCUUUGCAAAAGAAAGCCCCUCAAAUUAUCCAUUCGGACUCGUCGGAAUCUUCAUCAGAAGAAGAGUCCUCAGAUGAGGAUGACGAAGAUGAAUCGGAAGACAGUGAAGAAUCCGGAGAGUUCUACGAGUGUGAGAACAAUCCAGACGGAAGGACCUCUACCGGUUCAAAUGAUUCAGGCUUCGAUUCUUCAGCACCUGCGUCGCCAGCAACAUUUUCGCAAAUAAAGAAAGGUGGUGAGGCACCCGGGACCUCGUCGAGUGCUACUCCUGCAAGCACCAACAACACCGACAUCUUGGAACAGCAGCUUGAGCAAUCCACUGCGUAUGACAUAUUCAGGAAGACUGGCCGGUUCACUCCUCCGGCACGCACCAUACCCCGCUUCAGGAAGUACACCGUAGAAGACUUCCAAUUCAUAAAGGUCCUGGGCAAAGGCAGCUUUGGAAAAGUACUGUUGGCGGAACUCCGUGACACAGAAUACUACUACGCUGUGAAAUGUUUGAAAAAAGACGUUGUUUUAGAGGACGAUGACGUCGAGUGCACAUUGAUCGAGAGGAAAGUUCUCGCACUUGGCACAAAUCACCCCUACCUCUGCCAUUUAUUUGCUACUUUUCAGACGGAUUCUCACCUGUUCUUCGUAAUGGAGUACCUGAAUGGCGGAGACCUGAUGUUCCACAUUCAGCAGAGUGGGCGCUUCCCUGAAGCACGCGCGCGUUUUUACGCUGCGGAAAUUGUAUCGGGACUUAAAUUCUUGCACAAGAGAGGCAUUGUGUACAGGGACUUGAAACUGGACAACAUUCUUCUGGACUUUGAAGGUCACGUCCGUAUCGCAGACUUUGGUAUGUGCAAGCUGCAGAUCUACUUGGACAAGACCGCGGACACUUUCUGCGGCACCCCGGACUAUAUGGCGCCAGAGAUAAUAAAAGGCCUAAAAUAUAAUCAGACCGUAGACUGGUGGUCAUUUGGCGUACUUCUGUACGAGAUGCUGAUUGGUCAGAGUCCGUUCAGUGGCUGCGACGAAGAUGAGCUGUUUUGGUCCAUUUGCAAUGAGAUGCCGUCCUAUCCGCGCUUCCUCUCACAUGAAGCACUCACCAUAUUGACUAGGUUAUUGGACAAGGAUGCACGGACCAGACUGGGCGGCACCGAAUGCAUGCACGGAGACAUCAGGGACCAGGACUUCUUCCACGCCAUCCACUGGGACAGACUCGAGAGACGCGAACUGGAGACACCUUUUAGACCACGAGUGCGACAUCCAAUGGACACCCAAUACUUCGACAAAGCGUUCACGGGUGAGCGACCUCGCCUCACCGCGGUAGAACCCCACGUACUGCGCUCCAUGGACCAAGAACCUUUCAGAGGUUUCUCCUACACCAACCCCAACACGACGGACCGCUAAACUCAACUCU